AUGCGCAACAACGCGAGCAGCAGCAGCAGCAGCAGCAGCAGCAGCAGCAGCAGCACGGGGGUGAGCGAGCCGCUUUGCUUCCGGGUAUAUGGAGACACUGAAGAGCUGCCCAUGCAGUUUGCUGCAUAUGCUGCUCUGGACGUUGUGGAUGAACGCCUAGCAAAUGAACAGCAGCCUGGGGCCCCUGGGGGCCCCUCUGGAGGAGACAGUUUCUUAGGGUUUGCGUGCCCUGCACUGGGGACUCUAAACGACUUCUCUUUAUAUGCAUAUGCAUCGCCAACUGGUCUCAAAAUUAUUGUCGCCCUCAUUGUUAGGGGGGCCCUUCAGGAACAGGAACUGCGCGCGGUAAGAUGCAGCAGCAGCAGCAGCAGCAGCAGCAGCAGUAAUAGUAGUAGAAGUAAUAGUAGUAGUAGUAGUAGUAGGAGUAGUAGGAGCCGCAGCAGUAGUAGAAGCAGCAGCAGCAGCAGUAGUGGCAUUAGUAGAAGCAGCAGCAGUAGUAGAAGCAGCAGCAGCAGUAGUAGUAGUAGCAGCAGCAGCAGCAGCAGUGGUAUUAGUAGCAGCAGCAGGAGUGGUAGUUGCAGCAGCAAGAAUAGUAACGCCGUUGUGCAGCACUACACCGUCCGCCUCGAGUCCCCUUGA